CCAGUAUGUCUUACAGUGUGACUCUGACUGGGCCUGGGCCCUGGGGCUUUCGCCUGCAAGGAGGCAAGGACUUCAAUAUGCCCCUCACUAUCUCCCGGAUCACUCCAGGCAGCAAGGCAGCCCAGUCCCAGCUCAGCCAAGGAGACCUCGUGGUGGCCAUUGAUGGCGUCAACACAGACACUAUGACCCACCUGGAGGCCCAGAACAAGAUCAAAUCUGCCAGCUACAACCUGAGCCUCACCCUGCAGAAGUCCAAGCGUCCUAUUGCCAUCUCCACGACAGCACCCCCGAUCCAGUCCCCACUGCCAGUGAUCCCCCACCAGAAGGACCCCGCUCUGGACACGAACGGCAGCCUGGCGACUCCCAGCCCCAGCCCUGAGGCGAGGGCCAGCCCAGGCACCCCGGGCACCAUGGAGUUCGGGGACACCUUUAGCUCCUCCUUCUCCCAGACCUCUGUCUGCACCCCACACAUGGAGGCCCCGGAGUCUGUCCUUCCUCAGGGCAGCCCAGUGGCUAAGACCAGCCCAGAGGGUGCACAGGGCUCAGUCAGCCCCAAAGUUCUGCCAGGCCCCAGGCAACCAAGGCAAUAUAACAACCCCAUUGGCCUGUACUCAGCAGAGACUCUGAGGGAGAUGGCUCAGAUGUAUCAGAUGAGCCUUCGAGGAAAGGCCUCAGGUGCUGGACUCCUAGGAGGCGCCGACUACCAGGAACGCUUCAACCCCAGUGCCCUGAAGGACUCAGCCCUGUCCACCCACAAGCCCAUUGAGGUGAAGGGCUUGGGCGGCAAGGCUACCAUCAUCCACGCGCAGUACAACACCCCAAUCAGCAUGUACUCGCAGGAUGCCAUCAUGGAUGCCAUUGCUGGGCAGGCCCAGGCCCAGGGCAGUGACUUCAGUGGGAGCCUCCCUGUGAAAGACUUGGCUGUGGACAGCGCCUCUCCGGUAUACCAGGCUGUGAUAAAAAACCAAAGCAAGCCAGAAGAUGAGGCUGAUGAGUGGGCCCGCCGGUCCUCCAACCUGCAGUCCCGCUCCUUCCGCAUCCUGGCCCAGAUGACAGGGACAGAAUACAUGCAAGACCCUGACGAAGAAGCUCUGCGGAGGUCAAGGCCACAAGCCUCUGCCUACAGCCCUGCAGCAGCCACUUCUCCAGCACCCUCUGCCCACACCAGCUACAGUGAGGGUCCAGCUGCCCCUGCACCCAAGCCCCGGGUCGUAACCACUGCCAGCAUCCGGCCUUCUGUCUACCAGCCAGUGCCUGCAUCUACCUACAGCCCAUCCCCAGGAGCCAAUUACAGUCCAACUCCCUAUACCCCCUCACCUGCUCCUGCUUAUACCCCCUCACCUGCACCCACCUAUACCCCCUCACCUGCACCCACCUAUACCCCUUCCCCUGCGCCAGCUUAUACCCCCUCACCUGCCCCAAACUAUAACCCUGCGCCAUCGGCAGCCUACAGUGGGGGCCCUGCAGAGUCCACCAGCCGCCCACCCUGGGUGACCGAUGACAGCUUCUCUCAGAAGUUUGCUCCUGGAAAGAGCACUACCUCUGUCAGUAAGCAGACCCUGCCCCGGGGGGCUCCAGCCUACAACCCAACAGGUCCACAGGUAACCCCUCUUGCCAGGGGCACCUUCCAGAGAGCUGAGCGCUUCCCAGCUAGCAGCCGGACUCCCCUCUGUGGCCACUGCAACAAUGUCAUCAGGGGCCCUUUUCUGGUAGCCAUGGGCCGCUCUUGGCAUCCAGAAGAGUUCAAUUGUGCCUACUGCAAGAACUCCCUAGCAGAUGUAUGCUUCGUGGAGGAGCAAAACAAUGUUUACUGUGAACGGUGCUACGAGCAGUUUUUUGCCCCGCUCUGUGCCAAGUGCAACACCAAGAUCAUGGGGGAAGUGAUGCAUGCUCUGAGACAGACAUGGCAUACGACCUGCUUCGUCUGCGCAGCCUGCAAGAAACCCUUUGGAAACAGCCUCUUCCACAUGGAGGAUGGAGAGCCAUACUGCGAGAAAGACUACAUCAAUCUGUUCAGCACCAAGUGUCACGGAUGUGAUUUUCCUGUGGAAGCUGGCGAUAAGUUUAUUGAAGCCCUGGGACACACCUGGCAUGACACCUGCUUCAUUUGUGCGGUCUGCCAUGUGAAUCUGGAGGGGCAGCCAUUCUACUCCAAGAAAGACAAACCACUGUGCAAGAAGCAUGCGCAUGCCAUCAACGUGUAGGGCCCCAGAGUAGCUGAUGUGGGCCAGGCCCAGGCUGCUCCUGCUAUGACAAUGAAGGAGUCAAAGAAGCUGAUGUUUCUUCUGGGGGGGAGAGGGGGAUGAGAGAAAUGAUUGAGCCUUUUGAAGUCUAAUUUUAGUCUUUUCUUGUACACACAGAUUGUGCAUUUUCAUAGUUCAGACUAGAAGCCAAAAGAAGUUUCUAAACCCAGAUAGUAAUUAAUUCAUGGCUGGUACUGCACUUCAGACAUUUGAGAAAAAAUUCCAAGAAAUCAAAAGUUAAAAACAAAAAGCAAUGCUUAAAAAUGAUACACUUCCCCAGCCAUCACUAUCAUCCGUGUAGGGACAGUGCUCAGGGCAGUUAUGGAGAAUCCAAAGCACAUAGCAGAGUUCUGGAGAACUCCUUGGCAAACACAAUGAUGUGCCAAACAGUAUUUGCUGUGGGGUUAUUUUUAGAGCCGGCACUGAGAGCUCCUUAGCUAAGACCCAUUGGGCCUUCUUCACCAAAAAAGGAAGAGUCGUUCCAUCAGCAUCACAGAGUUUCCUGUGCACAUCAGACUUAGAUGUUGAACAAACUUGAAACCUGUAAGGGGAGCCCAGACGUCUGAAGCAUUGUCGGGCCACUACUGAGCAAAUGGAGAGGCUCCUGAAAGGUCUUUGGCUAGUGCCACAGACAACCGAGAAAAGAUGAGCUCUCUCUACAUCUCCCCCUUUUAGUCUGGAACAUUUAAUGUCUCUGGAAAGCUUUUCUCCUUUUUGAAUUGUCAUGGGAAAGUGAAAUUGGAUUUCUCCCGUUUUGCUUUACAAUGUGUCAGAAGAGGUUUGCAAAGGACUCUGGGUCUGGUUUAGCCUUUGUUUUGCUUGAAGAGGGUCCUGAGCAUGACUGUUCUGUGCAUGUAUUUCACCCUCACCCAUCACUGCUCAUGUUGUGGGUGGGGGGUGAAAUAUGUCUUGCUCAUCCCCACCGUCAGACAGACUCAGUGGAAAGAAAAGAGAGAUGGCAUCAAACACAGGAUGGUAGAACAGGCUCUCAUGCCCAACUGUGCAUGGGGAGAGGAAUUUGCUUUCUGCCAACCUCAGCAUGGGCUGCAGGAUGCCCAUCUUCAGGGCCCACCAUCCUCUUAGCUUGUUCCUUUAAAUGAAGCAUGCCAAUUAUGUAAUCUUUCUGACUGCUGCAAGGAGGGGAAAGGGUACAUUUGCCAUUUGGGCCAAUAUUUUGAAAAUAGCUGAGUGGAUUUAGAAUAUUUAUUGAAAUAGACCUGGCCCUCAGAGUCCUUUACAGAUAUGAAGCUAUGUAGAAGUUGAGAAAGUGGCUUCCUUUUUGGGUCUGGAGAUGGCAAGCUCACUUUUCCUUCUAGGAAGCACUGUUAGGAAGGAUGUUCACGGGAGGGUGGAAAUGGCAUUAAAGCAGGCUGUGUGCUCUGUGUGUUUCUCACGGGAGCACUGUGUUUAGGCACUCUACCGACUCACUGUCCCCAUCUCUUUUUUCCUGUUUUGGAUUUUUUUUUUUUGUCUUUGCACAUUUGAAGUGCUUUAUAGGAAUGCAUUCAAACUCUUUCUUUUGAGAACUAAGGCUUCCAGGCGACUGUCAUCCUACUUAAGGGUCUCUCCCAGUCAGACAUAGCCUAUCAGGAAGCCCAUGGUUUUUCUAAGUAUGGAAUCACCAGUCCCCUCCGGGCAACACAGAGGAAUGUCAGAACUGGGCUCCUACCAAACAGCCCUUCUUUACUUUUGAUGCAAAGCUCCAGGCUGAGCAAAUUCUGCUGGACAGCCUGGAGAUUGGUUCAGAGAUACAGAACAGGGCCUUGUGCAGCCUGUUGUUUUUGGAAAGUUCAAAUAUACAGGGACAAGGAGCUUGCUGACUAAACAGAAAGGUUCUAAGCAGUUGAAUUUUCAAAACAGUAUCUACUAAAUGAUCAGGAACUGGUCUUGAGGAAGGGAAAUAAAAAUCCCAACCAUUAUGUUUCCCAAAUCUCUUUUUAAAGUUUUUUUAUGCAUACACACAGACACCACUCCUGUGUAAUUUGUCAUUUUCUGUAGGCUCUUUAAGAAGAAAAGCAAAAUAUCCCAAAGGAAAGCAUCACUAUCAUGCUAUAUUAAGUAGUUGUUUUUUUUAGUAUUUAAUAGCCAUGUAUAUUCAUGAAGGACUCUUAUUUCUCAAAAACAAUUUCAGGGACUAAGUGUAAUCCAGUGGUACAGAAUUUUCCAAGCAUUCAGGAUGCUCUAGCUUCAGUCCCCAGUACUGCCAAAAACCAAUUUAAAGGUAGCAGGAAAAGGAGCUAGUUUCAAGAAUGGUACACAGGGCAAACCUGUAUAGUGGUAUGAUUAAGGCUGUGUGGCAUUUGGGUUAAUAUCAUGGUUUUCCUGUGACAACAAACAGUUUUUACUGGUUCACAGAAGUACAGUUUGUCUUGUCUUCUUAUGGUUGGCAUAAAUAUAAUGUAGUGAUAAACACUCACCUUUUACAAUAGAAUGACUUGUAUUGGCAGUGUUUGUGUUACCAAUCUAGUCUUUUUAAUGUGAACUUUUCAACCAAAGUAUUCUUGCUUCAGGUCUGUUUCCUUUCUUUUUGGUAAGUUUUCUGAAGUGGAAUAUAAUGUGUUAGAGGAGUACACAAAACUACUUUGCAUGUUUUUCUUUCUUGUCUUUCUUUUAUUUUC